AUGUCUUCGCUCUUUGAGGAGUACGGUCUAGCUUUACACCAGACACAAGACAACGACAGCCCCCGCUCAAUCAACCACUCAAACAAGCGGGCUAUCGAAAAUGCUUCAAAAGAGAUAGGCAAGAACAGCCUGAGUCCUACUCAGUCCCAAGUCGCCUCCCUUCUAGAGCGCGUUAGAGAACUCGAUUGGACCACGAAAAUCGCCAGAGAGCUGAAGACGGAAGCGCAGCGCUCAGCGGCUCUCUUGCAUUGUCGCGGAAAGUCCGUUGAGCCUUGUUCACACUGUGCUCAGGGCGGUCCCUGGAGUACCUGUGUCGUCUUUCCUGUGUACCAAGGGCAGUCAAUGUACUCCUACGCCUGCUCAAACUGCGUAUACUACCAUAGAGCUAUAAAAUGCAGCCAUCGUCAAGCAUUUGAAGCUCAAGGUGGUCGAAACUGGGACCCUGCUAUCACCGAGUCCAUUGUAGCCAAUGGCGGACUACGCUCUGUCCUCACCAAGGACCACAAUAACAUCGCCCCUGUUAUGAAAGUGACUUCACCCGCCGUCCCGAAGAAACGGAAACAGAGCGCAGAGUGCGCUGCGCCGUCCCAGGCUCAGACGCAGAUGCAGGCAAAUACCACACAGAUCGCUACGCCGAAGAAGACCAUUCGACUGCAGAGCAAGUCGGCUUUCGAUGGAGAGAAGCUCCCUUGGCCAGUGUCGCCUGCAUCAUGGAAUGACCCCAUCAAGCUACGUUCCGCGAUUAAAGACCUGGAGACGUUUACACAAAUCGCCAAGAAGCGGGUUGCGAGACUGGAUGAGGAGUGUGAGGCCAUGUCUACAGCGGACUUCUGGAACCAGGAGGCAGCUAAACUCUUCUCUUGA